GAAUUGGAAUGGCACGUGCACAACAUCUAUAAAAUACAAUAAACACAAAAUUCAGACACAUACAAAAAGCUCAAAAUCAAUCCCUAAUGGCAGCUUCUUCCACCACCAUCACCCUCCCUACUGCUUCUUCUUCCUCAUCUUGCAAAGCCAUUUUAUCUUCAUCAUCUCAAUUACCCUUCAAGUUCAAUAAAUUUACUGCAACUUGCCCUUCAACCCCCAGAUUUUCUGUUUCUUGCACUAUGACUCGAGAGGCCAUUACAAUGCAGGAUAAGGAGUCUGACCCUGCUUCAUGGCAGAGACCUGAUUCUUUUGGGCGGUAUGGUAAAUUUGGAGGGAAAUAUGUUCCUGAAACUUUAAUGUAUGCUCUUACUCAGCUUGAAUCUGCCUUUAAUUCCCUCAAAAAUGAUCAGGAUUUUCAGAAAGAAUUAGCUGGGAUUUUGAAAGACUAUGUUGGCAGGGAAACUCCUCUUUACUUUGCAGAGCGGCUGACAGAGCAUUAUAAACGUCCUAAUGGAGAAGGACCUCACAUUUACCUCAAGAGGGAAGAUCUUAACCACACAGGUGCUCAUAAGAUCAACAAUGCUGUUGGGCAAGUGUUGCUUGCUAAGCAGUUGGGCAAGGAACGAAUAAUAGCUGAAACUGGAGCUGGUCAGCAUGGAGUUGCAACUGCGACAGUUUGUGCUAGGUUCGGUUUGCAGUGUAUUAUCUAUAUGGGUGCUCAAGAUAUGGAAAGACAGGCACUUAAUGUUUUCAGGAUGCGGCUUCUUGGGGCUGAGGUCAGACCAGUCCAUUCUGGGACAGCCACUCUAAAGGAUGCCACAUCAGAAGCUAUACGAGAUUGGGUUACUAAUGUGGAGACCACACAUUAUAUUUUGGGAUCCGUUGCUGGGCCACAUCCUUACCCCAUGAUGGUUCGGGAGUUCCAUAAGAUUAUCGGCACAGAGACAAGAAGGCAAGCAAUGGAAAAAUGGGGCGGGAAGCCAGAUGUACUGGUUGCAUGUGUUGGUGGAGGUUCCAAUGCCAUGGGACUAUUUGAGGAUUUUGUCAAAGACGAGGAUGUUAGAUUGAUUGGUGUGGAGGCUGCAGGGUUAGGCUUGGAUAGUGGCAAGCACGCUGCAACUUUGACCAAAGGAGAAGUUGGGGUCUUACAUGGUGCUAUGAGCUACUUAUUACAAGAUGAUGAUGGACAAAUAAUUGAGCCUCAUUCGAUAAGCGCUGGGUUGGAUUACCCUGGAGUUGGACCAGAGCAUAGUUUUCUGAAAGAUAAAGGACGUGCUGAGUAUUACUGUGUCACAGAUGACGAAGCAUUGGAUGCUUUCAAGAGAUUAUCGCGAUUAGAAGGCAUAAUUCCCGCUUUGGAGACAUCUCAUGCAUUGGCAUAUCUAGAAAAGCUCUGCCCAACUCUUGCUGAUGGAACUAAGGUUGUACUAAACUGCAGUGGCAGAGGGGACAAGGAUGUUCACACCGCCAUCAAAUAUUUGCAACUUUGAUGAUACUGUUUAUGUUUCAAUACAUUUCAUUUGAACAAUAAAUGGAUGAUCUCAUCCUAAUGUUGUAAGUUUUUAGUGGGUUUUCUUUCUGGAUAUGGAAGAAUGUGUAUCAAAUUUGUGGGUCUGAAUUAAAGCUAAUGGCAAUCUGUUUCUGAGCA